AUGGAGGACGCCGACAAUGAUGUUGUCAUGAGUGGCGGUCACCACGAUCAGGCUGAAGCUCCGGCGACCAACGGCGUUGGCCACGGAGAGAACAGCGGCCAAGGCUUCAAUGACCUAUCCAACGAUGGGACGAGCUCCAUGGGUGACUCGGAGGACGAGUUGCUAGAGCAGUCAGGCUAUCCACUGGCGUUCAAGAGGAGAGGGCUCCUGCCCACUGGCUGUUGCUACGAUGACCGCAUGAAAUUGCAUGCAAACGCGGACUUUGGACCAAAUCCGCACCACCCAGAAGACCCCGCUCGUAUCGAAGAGAUAAUGAAGACGUUCAAGAAAGCCGGCCUCGUCUAUACCGGCUCCGAAGCCGACCUUGUCGAUAUCGUCUCGACGAGCCCGACUAGGUAUAUGUGGCGGAUAGCUGCCCGUGAAGCAACGCAGGACGAGAUUCUCCUCGUUCACAAGCCGUCACACUUCUUCUGGGUGGAGCAGCUGUCAACAAUGCCGACUCACGAAUUGCGCGUGCUGAGCAAGGAAAAGGACCAGGGGCGCGAUUCGUUGUACGUUGGGAGCAUGACGUACGAAGCGUCCCUCAUCUCUGCUGGCGGCGCCAUCGAAACGUGCAAGGCGGUGGUGAAUGGCACGGUCAAGAAUGCAUUUGCCAUCAUCAGGCCCCCUGGCCACCAUGCUGAGUGGGACACGCCGAUGGGGUUCUGCCUCUUCAACAACGUGCCCAUUGCCACCAGGAUCUGUCAGCAGGAGUACCCGGAUCUGUGCCGCAAGGUGCUGAUACUGGACUGGGAUGUGCACCAUGGCAACGGGAUCCAAAACAUCUUCUACGAGGAUCCCAAUGUUCUCUACAUCUCGCUCCACGUCUACCAAGAUGGAAGCUUCUAUCCCGGGAAGCCCGAUAACCCCAUGACCCCCGAUGGUGGGCCUGAGCACUGCGGCGCAGGUCCCGGUCUUGGUAAGAACAUCAACAUUCCCUGGCACGACCAAGGCAUGGGUGACGGGGAGUACCUAGCUGCCUUCCAGAAGAUUGUCAUGCCCAUUGCAAACGAGUUCAACCCGGACCUGGUUAUCAUCUCGGCAGGGUUCGAUGCUGCCGCUGGCGACGAGCUUGGUGGCUGCUUUGUCACGCCGGCCUGUUAUGCGCACAUGACCCACAUGCUCAUGUCGCUCGCUGGCGGCAAGGUCGCGGUCUGCCUUGAGGGCGGCUACAAUCUGCAUGCCAUCUCAAACUCGGCCCUGGCUGUUGCUCGGACGCUUAUGGGCGAGCCGCCACCAAAGAUGGAGAUGCCCAAGCUCAACAAGGACGCGGCAAAGCUACUGGCCAAGGUGCAGGCAUAUCAGGCUCCGUUCUGGGACUGCAUGAGGCCGGGCAUCGUCGAUGUCCAGGACAUACAGAACGCUGGCGGUGUACGGCUUCACGAUGUGAUACGAUUAGCGCAACGGCAACGACUUUCUGAAAAGCAUGGCAUGAUACCUCUUUUCAUACAGAGGGAAACACUGUUCAAAACCUUUGAGAAUCAAGUCCUCGUUACGCAAGACCUCCACAACGCCAAGAGGAUCAUCGUCCUCAUCCACGAUCCUCUGGAUGCUCACAAUACCUGGAUGGCUGACGGAGUGUCGCAAUACAUUGACUGGGCCGUGCGUAAGGGCUUCGGUGUCGUCGAUGUCAACGUACCUCACUAUAUCACGCAUCCAGAGGAUGUGGACCCGUUCACGCCAAGGGCCGACGAACGCGCUCUGCAGGCCCAGAUUCAGGAGCUGAUAUGCUACAUCUGGGACAACUACUUGCAAAUUUCGGAGCAUCACGAGGAUAUUUUCCUGAUUGGCGUAGGAAGUGCAUACCUGGGCGUCAAGGUCCUGCUAAUCAAUCGAGAUUGCAAAUCCCAUAUCUCGGGCGUCGUCAACUUUGUCACGGGCAACCUGAGACCUGUCAAGAGUGACAUCGACGAGAACCUGUCUUCCUGGUACAAGGAAAACUCUCGCAUCUAUGUGGCCAACGACCACGCGUGCUGGUCCGACCCGGAUCUCAACCGCAAGGUCAACAAGAGGCGGUUCGGUGCGGUUCUACGGAGCCCUGCGACAGGCCUCAGCGGCAUGAUGAAGGAGCAUGCUCAAGAGGCACAGGAAUGGAUUCUCAACAGGGUUGGGGAGGAAGCAGGUGACACGACAGAAGAAGAAAAGGCGGCCUAG